AUGACCACUCCCCUGAGAAUAGACAUAGAAGAUGCACUCUCGUCCAGUUCCGAGGAUGAGGUCCAAAUUCUCAACCCAGCAAUGCUAAGUACCUCCAGCUUCCCGCAGUUCAACAAGCUUCCUCCUGAACUUCGCCAAAGGAUCUGGAUACAAUCCCUUACCCACGAAAGAAUCCUCAAAAUCUAUAGCGCGAAAGACCAUGUCGAGGUUAGAGAGCGCGUCGCCAUCAGCAAGCUCUUUAGUACCAACCGCGAAUCUCGUGCCUCCGCCAAGAAAUUCUACCGAGUUCAUAUCCCCUGCACAUAUGUCCAUAUGACCAGCACCUACGAUGGAAUCCUUUACUUUCACCCAGAGCUCGACAUCAUACAUAUUUUUGAGUGGGCCCAUUUCCCAGAACUCUCACAUCAUGUCUGGAGUCUUGAUCCCCUUCACGUCGGCAUUGUCAACCUGGCUCUGCAGACCUAUGGGAGCUGCUGCAGAUAUCAUGAUCAAAGCAGCUCGUUUAAGACAGACUGUGACUUGGACAAAAUCAAAGCGGCCAGCCAGCGGUUGAGGAGAUUCAUCUUCGUAUGUCAUGGCGUGUAUGAUUCUGAACCCUGCCAAUACCGCGAAGCUCGCCGAAGACCCGACAUUGACAAUCCCAGCAACCCUUUUGUCCCUGUGAAACCACAUAUUCCUGCAUUUCAGACCAUGAAGCAGGACCCUAGGGCCGUGGGCGACUUUCUUGAUGGUGUAGAUCGCAUCGAAAUAAUGACGGUACGAGGCGUUGCGAAGGAUUGGUUCCAACAUCUUGAAGAAUGGGGAAUUGAUAACGACCCUACAGUUCUUUACCAGAUAAUGAUGAGCUACCCAGAUUGCGAUCCAGAAAUCAUUGUUGAAGAGAAUUCGUGCUGGCCGCAUGAUGUGAGCCAUGAGCUGUCGGAUCUAUCAUCUGAAGAUGACGCUUCUACAAAGCAAGUUCAGGCAAUAUACCGUAGAGAGGAUGCAGUCGCAUUUGCUGAGAAUGAAAUGGAGGAAAGGAAACGUAUUCGGGAGCGAAUUUUAGAAUUAGAAAGCGAGGAGGACGCUGAGGGCGAUGAGAAGAUACUCACACAGGAUGCGACACCAGCGUUUGGAUUCUGGCUAUUCCCUUUGGAAGCGGUACCUGUGGUGAGAGUUACAGCCAACAAUGAGGUGCUGAUUGGGGAGUUCUACACAGAACUAGAGAAACAGUUCAAGGAGAAUCCCCCGCAGCUAUGUUUGUCUCAUCUUCCAGACAACAAUCCUAAGAUUCUCACACCGUGA